AACCAAGUCACAGUGGCAAGGGAGCUGUAAGGCCCAUGUCUGAGUGUCAUGCUGCUUGCAGACCUAGGAUAGACUCAGUCUUCUUGGCCCUUCUCAGUCAAAGUCUGUGAGAAGGUGCAGGCGUGUCCUCCAUUUCUUUGACCUGUAUCAGCAAGGAUCUCUGCCAUCCCCUUUCUGCUGAGAAUUUGUCUCCAUCAUCCCAGAUGGCUGAGAUGAUGGCUAUCAGCACCCAAAAGUUCAAUGUGUUUGUAUCUGAGCCAAUGGGUGACAAGGAUAUUACAAAAGUAGAUGGGAUUAAUGAUGAGCUCGGAAUGAAAUUAGCUGCAAAAGGCUUUAACAAGGCAUACAUCCUUCUGGGCCAGUUCCUCUUGUUGAAAAAGGACUCUGCAGUUUUCCAGAGAUGGCUGAAAGGGACUUAUGGAGCCAGUCCCACUGAGGCUCAGCGGUGUGCUUCCUGCCUGUUGGAGUGGUGCGGUUCCUUCCUGUAAAGACCUGCCCACUAAGCCUUGAUGGUAGACUUAGCAGGACUCUUCCAAGGGCUGAAAUAAAGCAGCUCUUGAAUGAAUUGUACAGCCCAAAUGGCUUAUAUUUGGAUAGUUUCUGCUGUCCCCAAUCCUGUAAAUGCUUGUGUGCAGGGACU